AUGAUCUUCUUUUUAAUUGGCUCACUUACACCACAAAUUACACGCCUAAGUUCUUCUCCCGUAAGAUGUCCGAGUUGCGUUGAUCCUUCUCCAACCGUAUUUCUUAAUAAACACCAAAAUAAGCUCUCAGUUUUCUUUAUUCCCGUUUGGUGGUUCAAGCCAAAGUUUCUUUGGAUUUGUGAAAGAUGCAAAUGGACAGGAAACACAAGGCCUAAUGAUGAACAGGUCCGACAGAGGGAGGAAGCGGAGUUGACGUUGCGACAGCGGCAACCUUUGCCAACUUGGGGGUUGAGAAAGUGUAAAACUUGUGAUAAAGAGGUAAAACUUAUAGUUAUUCAAAUGAUACGCGAUUACAGUUACAUCUUGUGUUGGAAGGAUUCUCGUAAAUAUUGA